GCGAUUUGAGAGGAGGGGCAAAUCGGGAACGCGCCUAGUGUGCAUGAGCGCGCGGGGUUUCGAGCCCCUGGUUUCCUAGUCAGCUGCGGUGAAUUGUAAAUGUAAUGCGAAGGCAGCUGGGAGAGCUCCAUUGGAAUUUGUGUUGUUUUGUUCACACUAUCGAGACCACUUCAGUUCGGAUUUCGGUCGUGUUAUGGUUCUCGAAUUGCUUUACGGUAUGAGUGCAAGGAAAUCAUGGAACGCGUUCCAGCGUGGAGAAGAAAGUGGGUUUUAAAUAUCCUCGCUCGCUAUUUUUUUAGUCCCUUGUACGGGAAAACUGCACUAAGAGGCAAGCUUCAGGCUGCGUCUUGCUUCAUAGCUUGAAUAGAGAAAGCAUUCUGUCUUAUUGAUGGGAGAACUUUAAUAAUAUCUGAUUGAUAUUAUAUUUGACUUUCUAUUUAAUUGCACAUUCCGAAGAAGCCGACAGAGUCUGAUCAAGUUUUCAGUUGCUAACGUUAGUUUACUAGCUAACGUUAGCUAGCUAUCUAAUCAAUCCAGGUUGCCUGGGAAAAUGGAGGCUGUAAUUGAAAAAGAAUGCAGUGCGCUCGGAGGACUUUUUCAAACCGUGAUCAGCGACAUGAAGAGCAGCUAUCCAAUCUGGGAGGACUUUAUCAGCAAGGCUGGGAAGCUGCAGUCACAGCUCAGGACGACGGUGGUUGCAGCUGCAGCUUUCCUGGACGCGUUUCAGAAAGUGGCUGACUUGGCCACCAGCACGCGAGGAGGCACCAGGGACAUUGGCUCUGCGCUGACCAGGAUGUGCAUGAGACACAGGAGCAUCGAGGCCAAGCUGCGGCAGUUUUCAAUGGCUUUCAUAGACUGCCUGAUUAACCCCUUGCAAGAACAAAUGGAGGAGUGGAAGAGAGGGGCCAACCUGCUGGAUAAGGACCAUGCCAAAGAGUACAAGAAAGCCCGACAGGAGAUUAAGAAGAAAUCCUCGGACACGCUGAAGCUGCAGAAGAAGGCAAAGAAAGGGAGGGGAGACAUCCAGCCACAGCUGGACAGUGCCAUGCAGGAUGUGAACGACAAGUACCUACUGCUAGAGGAGACUGAGAAGCAGGCGGUGAGGAGGGCCCUCAUCGAGGAGAGGGCGCGGUUCUGCGCCUUCGUGUCCAUGCUUCGGCCUGUCGUGGAUGAAGAAAUCGCCAUGCUUGGGGAAAUCACCCACCUGCAGACGAUUUCCGAUGACCUCAAAGCCCUGACAAUGGACCCCCACAAACUUCCCCCUGCCAGUGAGCAGGUAAUUCUUGAUCUGAAAGGAUCAGACUGCAGUUGGUCAUACCAGACUCCCCCGUCCUCUCCUAGUACCACCAUGUCCAGGAAGUCCAGCAUGUGCAGCAGUCUGAACAGCGUAAACAGUAGCGACUCCCGGUCCAGCGGGUCGCACUCUCACUCUCCCUCACACUAUCGCUACCGCAGCUCCACCCUGCCCCAGCAGGUCCCCGCCCGCCUCUCCAGCAUCUCCUCCCACGACUCGGGCUUCAUCUCGCAGGACGCCUACCAGUCCAAGUCCCCCUCGCCCAUGCCCCCCGAGACCGCCCCACAGACCCCUUCUAGCUCCGCCUCCUCGGACGCUUCUGAGACCUGCCAGUCUGUCAGCGAGUGCAGCUCCCCCGCCUCAGCCAGCUCUGGCUCCACCAUGGGUGGGGCCUUGGCCCCUCCUGAAAAGUUGUCAAAUGGGUACCAUCACUAUGGGCCUGCUGAUGUGCCGCACCUAGCUGGAGCAAGCUUGGGGGGAGCCUUCCCCUGCUUCCCUCCCCCUCCCCCCUCCUCCUCCUCCUCCUCCUCCUCUUCACGGGUUUGGUCCCGCCCAGCCUCCGCCUUGCUGCCUGACUUCCCCCCCUAUUGCACUCUGGGGCCAGGCAUGAUCCCCUCCUCCAGGGUCCCCACUUGGAAGGACUGGGCCAAGCCAGGCCCAUAUGACCAGCCAAUGGUGAACACCCUGAGAAGAAACAAGGAGAAGAGGGAGGUGCUGGAUGCUAAUGCUAAUGCUGCCACCACGCCACCCGGUGUGGCCACCACCUCCGGGAACGAGGUCCAGAGGCCCAGGAACACGAUGACAUCCGCCAUGCCUAGGGUGGAGGACAUGGAGGCCCAUGAGGAGCUGGCCCUGGCUCUGUCCAGGGGCCUGCAGCUGGACACGCAGCGCUCCAGCCGGGACUCCCUGCAGUGCUCCAGCGGCUACAGCACCCAGACCACCACCCCCUGCUGCUCUGAGGACACCAUCCCCUCACAGGUUUCAGACUAUGAUUAUUUCUCAGUCAGCGGGGACCAUGACGCGGACCAGCAAGACUUUGACAAGUCCUCCACCAUCCCACGCAACAGUGACAUCAGCCAGUCCUACCGCAAGAUGUUCCAGGCCAAGCGGCCAGCGUCCACAGCAGGCCUCCCAUCCAAUGCAGGGCCUGUCAUAGUUACGCCAGGCGUGGCCACCAUCCGACGUACCCCCUCUACCAAGCCCUCGGUACGCCGGGCAGCCAUGAGCGGAGGUCCCAUCCCCAUCAGGACGCCCGUCAUUCCAGUGAAGACGCCCACCGUGCCAGACUUGCCUGGGGGUGUGGCCUACGGGCUAGGGGGCAGGGCCGAGGAAGCCGAGGAGCUGGCAAGCCCCGAUUCACCCACGGAGGGCGAGCAGGUGGGUGUCCUGCCUGUGGCUUCCUGGAGCGGCCAGGCCUCCACUAAUCCCCCGGUUCUGCCGCACCACCUCCUCGGGGGGGCCACGGAUUCCAACACCGAGGACCCGGAGGUGGCCGAAGGCCCGCUGGAAGAGGCAGACUCUCUUGACGCUCAGGGAGGCAACAUGCUCCUGGCCAUCCGCCGGGGAGUCAAGCUGAAGAGGACGAUGACCAACGACCGCUCGGCACCACGCAUUGCAUAAGAGCCAGGCCUCCAAGCAACCGGUUACACUGCUCUCACAAGUGACAGUAUUCACAUUUGGCCGACAAGGCUUCAUCCAGUCCAGUACAUGUUUAGGACGGGAAAAACAACUUUCUUUUCUGGUUUUUAGUUUUUUGAAGAUGCAGUACUGAUUGGAAAGAGGGAGGGAGAGUGCCAGAUUUAGAAAUUGUACAUAGUUAAGCGUAUAUUUUUAGUUGCUGUUGCCUCCAUCUAAUCUCCCUGUUCUAUGGUGCCAAAUUCUCUGAAGCUAUCAGUGACUGAGUUUUACUUUGAGACAGGGCUUUCUGUGAACACUAUUUUUACAGUAGUCUUCAGAACAUACAUUAAUGGUGGCAUUAAUCUUUCAUUUUUUAACUAAUAAUCAUUUUCAAAAAUCAACUCUUCAGGCUAACUCAGUAGCAUGAUUUAUGUAUUAGGCUCAGUAUAAGAAAGAUAGUUUUCUAAGAGCAGAUGCAUUAACCCGUCUAUGGUAAGCAAUACUCUUACUAUUAAACUAUAUAUUUCCAAAAUACAACUGUGCCAUGACAAUACAAUAAGUUAUGAAGCUGUUGUGAACAAGAAACCACAGGGAGCAAAUACAAACCAGUCGGAAGAAAAAAAAAUGCAAAUGCCAGAUUAAAGAAGCAUGGUAAAAAAAAUAAAUGAAGGCCUUAUCUAAUUAUGGCUUUUUAUUUUUUUAAGCUACAGUGACGUUUGUGAUUUGUGUGGAUCUCCAGAUCCUGGUUGCUGUGUAUCGGAACCGUAUGCAGACUUACCUCUGUACACUGAUCAUACUCCUGAAGACAUAACUGAAAGCAAUUUAAAACAUAAACCAAGCACAUUUGCAAGCAUUUAUUUUACUUGAUAAUCCCAGAUUGAAUUAGAUUCCAGUUAAAGCACUGAUGCAGAGAAAUGGCUGAGAAACAAUUGUCUAUAAAACUGUAAAUACUGAAUGAGAAUGGACAUCCGGGGGCUUAAAUUAUUUGCUCUUCAGCUCUCUUUAUUUUUUUACUUUGCAGAACAGAACUGAUUCUUUCAUGCAUGUGCUGUCAGAUGAGUAUAUAUACAUAUUAUGUUAAUAUAAUUUGAGUUUUGAGGUGUUUUGCUGUGAUUGGCAGUAAAGCAUACCCAAAUGUCCAGCUCAGCUGCUUUCAUGUUAUUGUUUUGUUGUCGAUCGGAGAUUUUGCUCUUUCACUGUGAUCCAGGUCACUGCAGUGAGCCGUGAGCUAAUUUUUCAUUAUAAAUUUUAUGAAAUUGUGUGCUUUAAUUUAUCUUUGUGCCGAAGGUCUCAGAUUCUUGCUUUUCUCAAAAACUGGCACAAAGAUUUGUAGAAAACAAUGAGCGCGUAUUGAGGCGCAGUAUCGCUAAAUGCUUGAGAUUUUGUUUCCCAAAAUAAAUGGGGGAAGAAAUGGCCAUCUGUACCCCAUACAUAUAUACUCACCCCCCUGUUUUUUAAUACAAAAUUUCAGUUUAAGUUGUAAGUUCACCUAUCAAUUUUUCAAAUCCCUUACUCUUGCAACGCUGUUCAGGGAACCUGUUCAGACUGGCCUCCUAAUGUGUCGUGACCUAUGUUGUCUUUCACAGUGACCGGUCAAUUGUGCUUGUAUAUAUGGUCUGCAGCCAGUGGCUCCAGACUACUAUUCAUGUAACCAAGCCUACACAACCUUUUCAUUUGUUCCACAGCAUAAAUAUAAGCAUUCACACCUGCUAAAGCCAGGUGAUGUACACAAUCCAAGAAUAUCACAGAAACCCCAGAUGAAGUGUUAAAUGGAUAUUUCUAACUUUUAAAAAACACUGCAAUGGUGGUCUGUUUUACAUUGGCUUCACUGAAUGUUGAAGGUUCUCUUCUAGAGACAAAACAUCCACAGAGCAUAGUUUGCUUGUAAACACCAAGCCAUCCAUGUCUAAAAUUGACUUGCACUGCAAGGAUCUUAAUUGGGUUCAUAGCAAAACGUUUUUUGCUACGAGCACGCCAGUAGUUCCUCCUGGGAAUGGGCUAAAGCAAGCUUACUUCGAGGCAUGAGCCAUGCAGGGUUUGUUAUAACCAUUUUAGAAUUCUUAGGCAUUUCAAAUAGCAUUACCUCUAGUCCUAUUGAUAUACAAUUACUGUCUGAUAACAUUUUUUUUCUGAGUGCUUUGAGGGGAAUCCAGAUUUGCUAACUGCAACCCUAAUGCCUUUUUGUCUGCCAUGAACUUCACUUUGAUUCUGGAAAUCUGUUCAAUGUGAUCUGUCAUAUCACUUACUGUACCACAUAUUUUGUACCAGUGCAAUGUGUAUUCUGCUGAGUUACCCUCUGCAGUCCGUGGUCUGAAAAGAAAUUGAAACAAUCUGAAGUAGUUUUUGAUUUCUCAUCGAAGACAAGCUUCUAAAAUUGUGAAAUUAGUUCUAGGUAGCGGAUGCACCACGCAUAUGAUGCUGAAAAACCUGUACGUGGUUACUGUCAUUACAGAAAUGUUUUUAUAUUGUAUGUGUAUAAACCUUUAGUUGUAUACUGCUGUAUUCAAAGUACAGCCUUUGUUUAGAUAGCAUCAAAGCAUAUCUAGAUUUUUUUAUUUGAAUUUUAUGAAAGAGAAAGUGUAAACCAAUUAUAGUUUAAAGAGUUGUGUGUUUUUGCAAACUGUAAAAGCAAGCCGUCACACAAUGAGUACUAGCCUUCGUUUCUAAUCAUUUAGUUGUUAGUUUGUACUGAGAGUUGGCAUCUUUCCUGUAUGGUUCCCUAUAGGCUGUUAACUGAUCACUUUGUCACGUUUCCUUUUUCUGUGUAAUGACUGCCUAUAUUAAAGAGAAAUGCAGCAAA